AUGGUGAAUGAAUCAAAUUGCAUCGAUAUUAAGGAAUAUUUAUGGCAAAACCAUUCCGAUCUAACUUCAUUGUCUUUCACGAUGAGCGCUUUUGCUGUCGUCUACUCUUUAAUUAUAAUACUAGGCGUUAUGGGUAAUACAUUAGUAGUUUUAUCAAUUAUUCAGCAUAAAGUACUCCAGUCAGUGCGAAAUAUGUUUAUUCUUAGUUUAUCAAUAACAGAUAUCGUAAUUUCUAUUGUGUCGGGUACAAUUACGCCUAUCACUGCGUUCACAAAAAUUUGGCUUUUUGGCGAAUUUCUUUGUUAUUUAGUACCUCUAAUUCAGGGUGCUAGUUUAUGUUUUUCGACCAUGACCUUAACAGCGAUCGCUAUUGAUCGCUAUAUUCUCAUUAUUUAUCCUACAAAAAGGCCUAUACAAAAAGUUCAUGCUUUACAAAUGAUUGCGUUAAAUAUUUUGAUGGCAACCGCAGUUUCGCUUCCAAUGUUUUUAAAGCAAAAACUGGUUGAUUAUGGCGAUUUUUGUGGGCGAUUUUGUACCGAAGACUGGGGCUCUGAUGAAUCAGGGCGGAGUACUUAUGGAACCGUUGUUUUCAUAUUUCAAUUUGUUGCCCCAUUUGUAGUUAUAACUUUCUGUUAUAUUAUGAUUUCACUUAAAUUAAAUAAAGUAAGUUUUAAAAAUCAAUGGUCAUUGAAAAGGCGCUUGAGGACGAAUCGCAUGUUGAUGGCAAUGGUUGGAGUGUUUUUAUGCUGUUGGAUGCCAACUGUUGCCUUCAAUUUUCUUAGAGAUUAUCGAUGGCUUCCUUUAUUUAUUUCACAGCAAGAUUAUCUUUUUGGAAUUAUCACACACUGCAUAUCAAUGAGUUCAACUGUGUGGAAUCCAUGCUUAUAUGCACUACUCAACGAGCAGUUCCGUUUAGCAUACGUAGAUCUACUAAAUCAUUGCAGUUGGAAACAAAAAUUCUGUUUCGAUUCGAAAAAUCGAUUUAGACAGAAUAGAUUUAAUUCACAUGGCUGUAAUCGUUCGAAUAUAACCAGUUUCAGCAAAAAAAUGAAAAGUGGUGAAGUUGAAAGAUAUUUACUUUGA